AUGUGGAGCCCACUCAAUGAGGGCUUGAAGCCGAGACUCAGCCUGAAAGUCUCUCAGCACAUCGAGCAGGCAGGCCACACCUGGUACAUCGUCGAAUGCGAGCUGCUGGCACUGUCAGGGGAGCAGGAGAUGGCAUUGAGAUGGGAGUCUCCGAGAAGACUGUCCCAGCUGCGCGGAGAAUUGCAUGACCGAAUCAAGUUCACCAUGGACUCAGCUGAGUACAGAUCACUCUUCGAGGAUGCACCUUUUGCACACUCGGGUGGACCCAGUGGCACCACAACACGCUUAUUUGUUUGGCUGUCGCGCUUAGCGGCUUUGGUGAACAAGCAGGAGGUGACGCCUGCUGUGGCAGCGUUGACACUCAGCUUCUUUCACGCCCCGCUCUCAUCUGCAGUGCAAACACUGUUGCCACGGAACAGUGACGCUGGACGCCCCCACCCCGCAACAUGUCAAUGUUGUAGGGGCUAG